AUAAGAAUACAAUAAUCACACGGGACUCCGUAGUCUGCACCAAGACCGCCGCUGUAUUCCUCUCAAACUACAAAACACAGAAGGACAUUUUGCAUCUUUCUCUCUUUCCGUUCUGACUUUCACAAUAAAAGCCCCAGACGCAUACAUGGACCACUACUUCCUAGAGAAGGUAACUCAUAGCCUUCACUUCGCAGCUAAACAAAAUAGCUUCCAAAUAUAUGCAAGCUUUCCCCUUUAAAAAAUCGUUAACACCGAUGACACGGCAUUUCAUGUCGUCAAAUACAAAUGUGCACAUAUUGACGUCGAGGUCCACCCAGCGUCCCGCGUGUUAACGGGAGGCGGUGGGCGGUGGCAGAAGCUUUGCGGAAGUGUAUGCAGCUGAAGUCAUAUGACCGCGGGCACGCAACCGGAGAAAAUGCUACCCAGAUAUGGAUAACAUUACUCGGACACGGUGACUAACAUCCACAGCGAACACGAUGGAGGAGAUUAAAGUGUCUCCUGACUACAACUGGUUCAGAAGCACCGUGCCCCUGAAAAGAAUUAUUGUCGACGAUGAUGACAGUAAGGUGUGGUCGCUGUAUGACGCCGGCCCAAAGAGCAUCAGGUGUCCCAUCAUCUUCUUCCCACCGGUCAGUGGGACGGCGGAGGUGUUCUUCCAGCAGGUGCUGGCUCUGACAGGAUGGGGCUACAGGGUCAUCUCGCUGCAGUAUCCGGUGUACUGGGAUCUCAUGGAGUUCUGUGACGGCUUCAGGAAGCUUCUGGACCACCUGCAGCUGGAUAAAGUGCAUCUGUUCGGCGCGUCGCUGGGUGGAUUCCUGGCUCAGAAGUUCGCAGAGUGCACACACAAGUCUCCCAGAGUCCACUCGCUGAUGCUGUGCAAUUCCUUCAGCGACACCACCAUCUUCAAUCAGACGUGGACGGCAAACGGCUUCUGGCUGAUGCCGGCUUUCAUGUUGAAGAAGAUCGUCCUGGGGAACUUUGCUAAAGGGCCCGUGGAUCUUAAAAUGGCCGACGCAAUCGACUUCAUGGUUGACAGGUUGGAGAGCCUGAACCAAAGUGACUUAGCAUCGCGGCUGACGCUCAACUGUCAGAACUCCUACGUGGAGCCGCACAAAAUCAAAGACGUCGCCGUGACCAUUAUAGAUGUGUUUGACCAGAGCGCGCUGUCGCUGGAGGCCAAGGAGGAGAUGUAUAAACUGUAUCCCAACGCCAGGCGAGCUCACCUGAAAACAGGAGGGAACUUCCCGUACCUGUGCCGGAGUGCUGAAGUCAACCUCUACAUCCAGAUUCACUUGCGUCAGUUCCACGGGACCAGAUUCGCUGCCAUCAGUCCCGCCAUGGUGAGUGCUGAGGAGCUGGAGGUGCAGGAGAGUCACCUGAGCGGGAACCAGCAUUCUGACGACAACCAAUGAGACUUUUACCCGCACGCCGUUUCUCACUCUUCAUUCAUCAUUUCACAAGACAGCCUCCAGAUUUUCUAUGGAGCUCAACAGUUGACCGGCGAGUCGACUGAGAAUAUUUGUAUUUGACAGAUGAAGCAAUAUUUUGAUAACGGCCUGGAGAUGAAUGGCACUCGGCCGCUUUGCUUCAAAAGCAUACAAAACCUUGCCUUGUGUGAAAUAAAUUUGAUAAUUGUUGCACUCUAAAACUGCCUGACAGUUUCUAUCUAUAUAUAUAUGUAUAUAUAUAUAUACACAUGUGUAUAUAUACAUUUAUAUAUAUAUGUAUAUAUAUUGAUGUGUGUAUAUUUAUAUACAUAUAAAUAAAUAUAUAUAUUUGUGUGUAUAUCGGGGUUAACACAGCCAUCAGUGAACUAGUUUUCUGGUAAUAGAAAGGUGAACAUUGGUUAUGGAGAGAUGCACAUCUAAAAGUAAUGAUUUUAAAUUGCUUUGUUUUUUCUUUAUUUGUUUUGGAAUCCAGUCGAUUAUUGUUCAGUUGUUAUGUCCACGGGUGCGUCGGUGUGCUCUGCACUCGGCUCAAUGAGGAGUCAUGAGUCGGGCCAUCUGUUGAACUGCCAAAGCCGGGUUUUCUCAAGCUGAACGCAAACAUCGGUCCAAGGUGGUUUGUAGUUUCCAACUUCAGAAGACUACAGGAUGUUUCUCCACGUAUUAAUUACGUUUAUGUGGCUCUCUCCAAAUACUCCUGUAGCUAGAAUUUACUUUGAUUUCAUUCUCUGCUUCUGUACAGAUGAAUACAUGUGCUGUGCCUUUUUAUAAAAGAUAAUGUACAUUCACUAUAAA